GAUACUUUCAUGCAACGGAUCUACCUUAUUCCGGGUCGAGUCCGUCGGCGCGUCCAACAUCUUUUGUUUAUAUCGUAGAUGCGCUCCGAAGGAUAAUCCCAAGGUGACCGCGAACGGCAUCGGGAACGAGGGAAACAAAGAAAAUAGCCAGUCCACCAACCAUCGCCAUGCUGUAGCUGAGUGCUAUAAUGAUAUGUCCUCGAUCAAUUGACCAUCCCCUCAUACAAAGCCCAGCGCCCGCCCGCCCUUCCAUGGCCAUCAUCCAUUGUGCCUCGUCUUGCGCUCCGCAACCUCCUCGACCUGCAAUUCUGCGCCGACACGUCUCGACGAUAAUUACACUGUAAUUACCAUUGUGCCCUAUUGAGUCCUGUUGCGCCUAUUUACUCGGCUUCGCUUGUGGGCGCUAAGCGUCGCAUUGUGCUUGUGGUGGUGGCCUUAAUUCGCUAUUGUCUUCUAUUGACGCCAAGCCAGGCACCACUUCUGAAUAGCUUCACAAUAGUAAGAAGACCCCAUUGACCCACUCUGGCUUCUCCAGCCUCGUCCAUAAGAACUUCUUCCACCCCGUCACCUUCGUCUUUUUCCCUUUUUCCUUUUCGCAUCACCGAAAUUUCUGGAACUUGACCCCUCGACUUUUUUCGUACCAAAUUCACUUCACAAUUCCAGACUUCGGUCGCAAAGCUUUCCGGUUUCCAACCUUUCUCAUACAGACGACUACCAACCCUCACCUUUCUCGACACCGCCACCGAUCCUCACCUUCUUCGGCCCCGCCACAACUCUUCAACACCCUCGACACACCCACCGACGUUCUUCUCCUCCGUGGACACGAUGUCCACGUACCGCCCAUCAACCCGCGCGAGCAGCGCUGCCGCCAGUAUAACUGGUGGCCCACGCGCCGCAGCCACGCCGGCGACCCCGACUGUUCCCCGGGGCGGUCGCAGCAAGCGGGGUCCCUCCACCAUUGCGUCGGAGUUGGGCCCCCAAGUGAUCGCCACCAAGGAGAGUACCUCCUACGGGUCGUCGGCGGCUGUGGUGCCGAUGGCACUGGACAGAGUGGAGGAGGUGGAUCUUCGUGGGGCGCUGACCGGCAUCGUCGCGCCGACGACCGUUGGAACCCCGGCCGGCCAGAGGGCCACCACGGGUUCCGUUCCUCCGACGGGAGCCUCGACCAGCUUUGGUCAGGAGAGUUCGCUGGCCGGAAACGGCACCUUCACAGGUGCCCCGGUCGUCGCUCCUCCUGGCCUGGCUGCCGGGCGUUCUCGUCGGGGGAAGACGGUCGCUCCUCCCGUGGAGGAGCCGGCGCUGCCGCGUCGAACCCCCACGCCACCUCCUCCGGCUGUUGAGGAGCUUCCUGCCGCCGUUCCGCCCGCCGCGUCCAGGCCGGCACCGAUCGCGUUGGCAGCUAGCUCUGCCACCGAUCUGGUGGUCCGCGCCCGCGGUUUCGUUGUUUCGGCGUACACCAACGCCACGGUUCGGUUGAUCCUGGUUGCGCUCCUGUCGGCCAUCAUGGCCAUGAUCUUCCUCGGCACCUCCGAGAGCUCGGCGGGUCGGGCGACCCGGAUGUACGCGCAGGGCGCCUCGGCGACCCUCGCGCAGUACAUUCCGCACGGGGUCGCCCACCCCCUCAAUUACUUCAACGAGGCCGACAUGCUGGAUGUCCAGCGUCGGUUGCGCCGCGCCGAGCUGAGCAUCUCAAAGCUCCAGCUCGACGUCGCCAAGAACGCCGAGCUCACCCGAGCCUUGGAGAAGCGCCUUCCGGAUUUCCUCGUGGUCUCAAAGGUCCGCGGCAAGGUCCAGAUCCCCGCCGACUUUUGGCGGGCCCUCAAGACCACGAUCCUCGCCGACAAGGAUGUCAGGCCAUUCAAGCCUGGCAAGCCCGAGAACUCUGCGCCCGUCACUGUCACGCCCGAUUGGGACGACUUCCUGCGCACCAAUGAGGCCCGUCUCAAGGACCUGGUCGCAUCCGAUGUCCAGCUCGCUCGCGCCGAUGUUCUCGCCCAUCUCCAGACCGCCCUCGCGUCGACAUCCACUGAGUACACCAGCGCACUCUCCAAGGCCACCCAGGCCGUGAAAUCCGAACUCUCGGCGCAAAUUGCCGAGCUCCCGGCCUCUGUCAGUGCCGCCGACAUCGACGCCCACGCCGAGCGUGCCAUGCAGCGCGUCUUCCUCUCCUCCAAGAUCGAGGCCCUCAUCAACGCCAAGCUGGCCGAGUCGUCCACCUCCUCCCUGAGCCGCGUCAACUACUUCUCGCCCUCCACUGGUGCCGUCGUGAAUCCCAUCCUCACCUCCGCCACCUACAGCCCACGGGGUGCGCUCGCUCCUAGAAAUCUCAUCACGGGCAUCCUCAAGCUGUUCUCGUACCCGCUCCCAAAGAUUGGGACUCCCGUUGAGGCGCUCACGAAGUGGGAUGAACAUGGCGACUGCUGGUGCGGCGCUCCCGACGACUCCGGUGUCCAACUCGGUGUUCUCACCCCACACAAGUUCUCACCUGAAGAAUUCGUCAUCGAACAUGUUUUGCGCUCUGCGACUCUCAACCCGGGUGCGACUCCACGCCACUUCGAGCUCUUCGCGCACAUUCCGCUCAAGCACCAAGAUUACAUUGCUGAGGUUUCUGCUGGCUUGUUUCCACAUGCGCCUGAAGAGAAAGACCUCAACUACAGCUGGGUCCGCAUCGGUCGCGGCACUUACGAUACCGGUGGUGAGACUGUGCAAGUCUUCCCCGUCCAGUUGGAGCUCAGCCGAUAUGGUCUCUCAUCCAAAGAGUUCGUCGUUCGUUUCCGCGAUAACUGGGGCACUAAGGAUGAAGAAGAUGUCGGACCUACGUGCAUUUACCGCGUCAGACUUCACGGAUUCAUGGAACAAUUCUAGUUCUUUACGGUGUCACUUGUUCUCAUAAGCUCUCACUUGUUCUCAUGGAUGUCACUUGUUCUCAUGGGCUCUUUACCGGUGUUAGUUAUUCAUGGGGGUGUUUAUACGGCUGCAUUGGUGGUGUUUUGCGGCAUCAAGUUUAUACGGUGUUUAUUCGAUGGUCUUUCUGGGUGGUAUUCUGGAGGAGUCUGGUGUUUUAUCUGUGCUGGAUGAUGGAUGGAUGGGAUGGUGCAAUGGAAUACUAUACCAGAAGAAGUUUUCUCGCGCUGAUUAAUUCGCGCUUUAUAUCUGUUGACCGAUUGUUUUUUCUGAAAUUUUUACAAAGGUUGUUUGACUCCACGAGGAGAUCCACAACACAACAUGGGGAGGAAAUACCAGUGUGGGAGAGAGCGUACAUACAGCAGUGCAGUUGACAUAAUGAAAAUCAACGCAAUCA